AUGGCAAUGCAAUUACGUUCUUUUCUCUUAGGCAUACUGCUACUAAUUGGCUUUGCUUUCACAAAUAGCGAAGCUGAUAUUAGAGCUCCACCCACACAAUUUGACACUGCUUCUCUCAACAGGAGCAGUUUUCCAAAAGGGUUCAUAUUUGGUGUAGGCUCUGGAUCUUACCAAUAUGAAGGUGCUGCAAAGGAAGGUGGUAGAGGACCAAGCAUUUGGGAUACCUUCACCCACAAAUAUCCAGAAAAGAUUAGCGAUGGCAGCAAUGGAGAUAUCACUGUUGAUCAAUAUCACCGCUAUAAGGAAGAUGUGGGGAUUUGGGAUCUUCCCCAAACUUUAGAAGAUGAAUAUGGUGGUUUCUUAAGCCCUCAUAUUGUCAAUCAUUUUCAAGAUUACGCAGAACUUUGUUAUAAAGAAUUUGGUGAUCGAGUAAAGCUUUGGAGCACAUUGAAUGAGCCAUAUACCUUCAGCGCCUAUGGUUAUGCAUCUGGGUCCCUUGCUCCGGGACGAUGCUCCACUUGGCAACAGCUAAACUGCACCGGCGGAGAUUCAUCUAUUGAACCAUAUUUGGUAACACACCACCAGCUCCUUGCUCAUGCAGCUGCCGUAAAAUUGUACAAAAAUAAAUACCAGGCAUCUCAAAAUGGAGUGAUAGGGAUAACACUGGUGUCAAAUUGGUUUGAGCCCCUAUCGGAAGAAAAAGAAAAUAAAAAUGCUGCAUUACGAGCUUUGGAUUUUAUGUUCGGAUGGUUUGCUGAGCCAUUGACAAGUGGUGACUAUCCGCAAAGCAUGCGAUCUCUCGUCGGUAGCAGAUUACCAAAAUUCACGAAAGAACAAUCCAAGUUGCUAAUUGGUUCAUUUGAUUUUCUUGGACUAAAUUACUAUACGGGUUACUAUGCAAGUGAUGCACCUCAAAAUAACUCGGUAUAUGCCAGCUACACAACAGAUGUUGGCGUUAAUCUUUCAUCUGAGCGUAAUGGGGUCCCCAUCGGUCCAAAGAGUGAAUCGGGAGGGUUAAAUGUUUAUCCACAAGGAAUUCAACAUCUUUUACUCUACACAAAGAAAAAGUAUCGCAAUCCAAUUAUUUACAUUACUGAAAAUGGUGUGGAUGAAUUGAAUGAUCCGAAAUUAUCACUUGCGGAAGCCCUUAAUGAUACCCAUAGCAUUGCCUUCUACAAUCGCCACCUUCAUUAUGUUCAAAGUUCUAUUGACAAUGGUGUCAAAGUGAAGGGAUUCUUUCCAUGGACGUUUCUAGAUGACUUUGAAUGGAAUUCGGGAUUCAGUGUUCGAUAUGGUAUCACCUAUGUAGAUCGCAGCAAUAGGCUUAAAAGGCACCCAAAACUCUCAGCGCAUUGGUUCAAAAGUUUCCUUAAGAAGUAUUGA